AUGCACAUACUCGACGUUGGCAUUGAGCUUGCCCUCGGCUUCAUCACCGCCCUUGCCCUUACUACCAAUUCAGUCGUCGCCGAGCACGUCAACUGCACUUGGACGGGACCUGGCGACAGCGCGCCUGAGACCCAUGGCUACAGCCUAUUCUGCAUCGCUCUUGCCCGCAGGAAUGGCACCAGCAACGCCGUCUACUUGUGCAACGAUGCAAACAGAACCAGAGUUGCUGACUGGAACUACUUCGCACCGUAUGUCCUUGCCUUUUCGAGUCCCUGCGCUGGUAAUGGGUAUGCGGGCGACCUCUGCGACAACAGCACGUACUGGGGCGUCUGCGUUCUCAAUCUCUUUGGCGAGCCAAUUUGCAGGUAUAUGGCCAAAGGCGACGAUUUCAUGCACCCGCUCGACAUUGCCAUACAAUUCCUCCUCGGCCUCGUCACCGCCGUCGUCCUCAUUGCCCGCCGUGUUGCCGCCGAUCACUACGACUGCACCUGGACAGGACCCGGUGAAGAGACGCCGGAUAAGUACAACUAUACGCUGUAUUGCAUUGCCACUGUACAUAAGAACGAGACUGGCAAGGUGAUCAACAACGCCGUCUACCUCUGCGACAACGGCGUCAAAGUCGGAGACUGGAACUACCUUGAGCCUAUGGUUCUCGAGUGCGGAACGCCGUGUGCUGGUAAAGGAUACGGAGGCAGUCUCUGCGACAAGAGUACAUACUGGGCGGUCUGCGUUCGAGACGAUGAGGGGGACAGCAUUUGUCGAUACCUCAACAAGAAGGAUGACUGUUCAUGGAUAUGGGCCUUUGCCAUUCCUCCGAGCAGCGUGGCCGUCUAUUAUAUCUGA